GCUCCAAAAAGCAAACGCAAACUCUCUCUUCUUCUUUCUUUCACUCAAGGGAGAGUUAAAGGGCAAAAAAGAAUGGUUUAAAAGAGACAAAAAACACCGAUUGCAGAAGCAAACAAACCAAAUCUCUCCGUCCGCCUCUUUCUCUGCGUCGUUCAGUUAAUUAAGAGUGUUUGUUUCAAGGAAGAUACAGAAGCUCUCUCUCUCUCUCUCUCUCUCUCUCUCUCUCUACCGCUCUCUGUAUUGUGGCCAGAGAGAGAGAUUGAUUAAACUGAAGAAGUAUUGCCUAUAUAGAUCUAUAGCGCCUGUUCUUAAGGUAGAGAAAUAUAAUGAUAAAUGAAAUUAACUCAUCAUAAAAUGCAAGAUAUACUGAAGAUGCGGUGCUAGCUUUAGUGUAUGUAAUGAAGGAGAAAUGGAGAGUGGUACAAGCAGCAACAGCAGAAAUGGUAGGCAUGCAGUUAUACUUAAAGACUCUUCAUGGUUUGGACAAUUUAGAAAUGGGCGUAAUCCUUGGAUGGCUAGAUAUGUUUAUGCCUUGAUUUUUCUCUUUGCUAAUCUUCUUGCUUGGGCUGCUCGAGACUAUGGCCAUGGUGCUCUGUCUGAAAUGGAAAGACUAAGGGUAUGUGCUGGUAAAUCUGACUGUUUGGGUGCUGAAGGAGUCCUGCGUGUAAGCUUGGGAUGUUUUAUAUUUUUCAUAAUAAUGUUUGUGUCAACUGUUGGCACCUCAAAGUUCUAUGAUCCAAGAGAUGCAUGGCAUUCUGGAUGGUGGUCUGCAAAGAUUGUUAUGUGGAUUGCAUUAACAGUCCUAACCUUCUUGAUUCCUUCUGCAUUUAUUCAGCUUUAUGGGGAGAUUGCGCAUUUUGGUGCUGGGGUGUUUCUCCUGAUUCAGCUAAUAAGCAUCAUUAGCUUUAUCACAUGGCUCAACGAUUGUUGUCUAUCUGACAAAUAUGCAGAAAGAUGCCAUAUGCAUGUGAUGCUAAUUGCAACCAUUGCAUAUGUGAUAUGCAUUGUUGGGAUAAUUUUGAUGUACAUUUGGUAUGCUCCUGAGCCGUCUUGUCUACUUAACAUUUUCUUCAUCACAUGGACACUUGUGCUUGUACAACUCAUGACUAGCAUCUCUCUUCAUCCAAAAGUUAAUGGUGGUAUCUUGACUCCUGGGCUCAUGGGUCUUUAUGUGGUGUUCCUUUGCUGGUGUGCCAUUAGAAGUGAACCAGCAGGUGAAAGUUGCAACAGGAAAGCUGAAGCUUCAAAGAGAACAGAUUGGCUUACCAUUAUAAGCUUUGUUGUUGCUUUACUUGCAAUUGUUAUUGCAACAUUUUCGACUGGUAUUGAUUCGCAAUGCUUUCAGUUCAGGAAAAGUGAAAAAGAGGCAGAGGAUGAUGUUCCAUAUGGUUAUGGCUUCUUCCACUUUGUCUUUGCCACAGGAGCUAUGUACUUUGCAAUGCUACUCAUCGGCUGGAACACUCAUCACGCAAUGCAGAAAUGGACAAUUGAUGUGGGUUGGACCAGCGCAUGGGUCAGAGUAGUGAAUGAAUGGUUGGCAGUUUGUGUAUACUUGUGGAUGCUGGUGGCUCCAAUCAUCCUCAAGUGGAGACAAAAUGCAGAUUCCACAUAAGGCAUUUCUAUUUUAAAACCACCAAAGCAUUUUGUAUGGUCUGUUGUGCAUAUGAAACAGUUUCAGAAAGAAGUGUUGCAGUGUACUUUGAAAGAAUCAAGCUGGAGGAACACAUAAUGGCAUGUACUGAUCCAAUUUAUUCUUAUUACUAAUUCUUUUGAUGUUGUAAUCCUGUAAUCCAAUCAUCCGAAUGAGCUCAAAGUAAAAAAAGAAAGAUCAAUAUAAUGCAAUUUACUUGGGAAUGCAAAUUAAUUCCUGUAUCUAUGCAACUACUACGGAAUAUUACUUUACUGAAAAAAUAAAAGCACCUCAUCAGAUAUCUACCUGUAAAUAUAUAUAUAUACAUUCUAAUUAGUAUAUGGUGCCUCAAUAUUUGGUCGAUUGUAAUAAUCCACCAUGUAAUGGAAGAAUGAUUAUAUUAGCUAAUUAAUUAUAAGGUU